CAUUAGACUUUAUUAGAGUUUAGGUUAACUGGUUUGGUUGUAAAAUUGGGCUUAUUUUUUACUAUUUCUCGACUGUUUGUUGUAUUAAACAAUGUCGAAUUACCCAGAUUUUGGUAAAAUCGGCAAAGACUCAUCGAGGGCGGCGUGUAAAAAGUGUGGCUAUGCUGGCCACUUAACUUUUCAGUGUAGAAACUUUAUUAAAGUAGACCCAAACAAAGAGAUAGUCCUAGAUGUCAGCAGCACAAGUAGCGACAGUGAGCAGGACUAUGCCACUCCGUUGCAGAGCCUCCGCGAGACAGAGUUACGUAAGAAACUGGAGGAGAAGCUAAAGAGAGCUCGGGAGAAAAAGAGCAAAAAAAGUAAAAAGAAGAAAUCUAGAUCAUCAAGUUCAUCACCAUCAAGUAGUUCAUCAUCAUCAGAUUCAGAGAGCAGUGACUCGGAAGAAGAAAAGAGGAAGAAGAAAAAGAAGAAAUCCAAAAAGAGCAAAUCUAAGAAGUCUCAUAAAGAAAAGAAGAAGAGUAGGAAAUGAUAUUACUUUUUAAUGUGUAGUAUGAUAAAAUUAUGAUGAAUGUAAACAGGUAAAGUGUAUUUGGGUGGUACUAAAUGCUUAAGAAUGUUGAGUAAUUCAAAAAAGGAUUAUGACGAUGGAAUUAUAUGGCACUUUGUACCCCUUUUUACUAGUGUCACAGAUUUGUAAUAGUUCAUUGUAAUUGAAGGCUGAAUUUCAUAUUUUGUAUUUUAAGAUUUAAGUAUGUAUAUUGAUAAUUGUGUCAUAAUUAAAUAAAUUG